CCUGAUGGGCCACUUGGCUCGCAUGCAGACUUUACCUUUUUUUAUAUCCGGCGCACGUUGAUUGAUUGAUUUUCGACAACUCGCUCCGCGUCCCAUCAGUGGGGGUUUUUUCUCUCCUAUGAAAAGCCGUGAGGAGAAUGGGGAUCCUUGGGUUGGCAAGAAGGACUGUCACAAACGGCAUGAUGGGUAAUGUUGUGAAAAAUGGCGGAAAGCAGUGCCCUAUGACAACUCGGCGAAGAAUCGCUAAUUUUGAAGCGUACUAGAGGACGUCAACUGGGGCUUAAAGAUGCCGAAAGCUGGUAACAGCAAGAAGCGAAAGAGAGAGAGUAAGAAAGACGAGGAACCCGACGCGAAGAAAGCGAAAUCGAAAGAAAACGAUGGACCACACGAAGUUGAAGACAAAGAGCAGGACUGCACAAAUGUUUUCAAUCUCCCAUUCGAAGAACAACAAGAAAUAGAUGACAUCGAUGAAAAGUUGGAGCAGAACGCGGCAAAGAACAACUUAACGACAAUUAACGUGAAGAGUAUUUUGCACCAUGUUGUAUCUGACAAAAGAGUUCUUGCUAUGGUGAAGAGUGUGGCAGCUGAACUUGAAGAUGAGCAGGGUGAUGCUGCCACGAGUAGCAAUGGAGAAAGCCUGGAUGUGGAACUUGAUUUUGCACCUAAAAUGACCAGAGCAAAGAGUAAACAAACAAAUCAAGGAGAUCCAAUUGCUGUACUGGCAUCUCAGUCUCCCAUAAAAGAGUUACGAACAAAGAGGACCUCAACAAAAAAAAAGAUUCAUUUUACAGAGUUGGAACUUCCAGAUUCAUCAUCUGAUGAAGAAUAUAACCCAGAUAAUGAAGAGGAUGGGAGUGACGAAGAUACGGAAAGUUGUGUAUCCUUUACCAGUGACCUAGCUUCACCUCAAGUUCCUGGCACACCAGAGAGGGAGAAAACAGAUGAUACAAAAGCGUCAGAAGACAACACAGAGAAAACAGUGACCCGAUCCCUCAGCAAAAAGCUUUCACAGGAGCCUUUUAAAGUUCCCUAUCCAGUGGCAUCAACAGCUUCAACACCAGUUGAGGAGGUUGCUGUUGUUGAAGAUGGUGACCUAAUAGCAAAAAGGACUCGCUCUCAGCUUCCACUUCAGGAUGUACCCAUUGAGAGUAUAGAAGCAACGUUCCAACCUCCAGACUUCACUGCGGACAUGUAUGAUACAAUCCGGGAAGAUGAUUUGGACUUUGAAGACAUUGAAUGGCAGAAGUGGCUUCAGGGACUUAUAAACUCAGAUGAUGUCUGUGGGGAUGAGGAUCAUGAGGACUCUGAGUACAAUUUUAUGGCUGAAGAUCAGAAGGAAGAAAAAGAAGAAUAUAGGAAUGACAGGGCUGUUAGAAUACCAAAGAAGGAAGUCAAUGAGUUACUUGAUGAAUUACUGAAAGAUUAUGAUGACAGUGAGGAUGCACUCUGGCUGGAUGAGGAGGGUGAAGAUAUGAGCUACCUUGAGAUGCUAAAUGUCAGGGAUGCAGUGGACAAAAAAGUGCAGUUUUUUGAUGCUCAACAACUGGAGAGACUUACUGAACAACUGCAGCAGCAUGCACAACUCCUGACACAGAUAUUUCUGAUGGCCCGCGAGGAUGACAGCCUGGGUAAAGAAGCACAACUAACUCGAGACUAUGUCAAUGAACUGAAAGGUUUCCAUGACAGAGCAUCCAAUGCUCAGCUGAUCAGGGGACUGGGGGAUGGUAAAGUACAUGCCUCAGCUUUCAGCUUCCCAGGCCUGGAGCAAGCUGUAGAAAUCGUUAACAGCACCUUUGUUCCUAAGAGAAGAACAUCGAGCCCACGAAAAUGCACCACGCCUAAAAAAGACAAACCUCCCGCCAAAACAGGAAGGCGUUCAAAAACUCUAACCGAAGACCUUCUUCCAACACUAUCAGAAACCAACAUACAGCUCAUGGCUACCAACAAAAGCGUUUUCCGUUUUGUGGAGCUCCUUCCUCAUCAUGGUCUGUUACCAAGAACAGGAGACACACCCAAACAGCUCAAUGGACUCAGAGUGAAAUUCUCAGACGCAGAAGACAAUCUUCUAGCACUGGGUAUGAAGCAGCUGGGUAAAAAGUGGGAUCUGAUACAGGAGCAUCUUCUUCCCGUCAAGAGCCCCAAACAGCUACAGAUUCGCUGUAAAAAUCUGCUUUCAGCCCGCGCGCCUGAGAACAUCAUCAAGUACUAUCGCAGGAAUAAAGAACUGUGGCACUUACCAACCAAGAUACAGGUUUACGUAGAGUCUAAUGGCCGCAGGGUACGGGUUAGAGAGUCACUGGAACCAGACUGGUUCAUAAACUACAAGAAAAAACAAAAGGAGUACCGAGAUAGUCAAGAGAAAAGCGAGCCUACCAUUGUUCAGCAAAGCAUAGUAGAGAGUCCGUCGUAUAGCCGGCCAAUCGUGCCUAAGCUUAGUGGAGGAGCGUACACUGUAGCCUUACCAACUGGUUCGUCUCCUAGUGACCGAGGACAGGUAGCAUGGCUGACUAUUACAAGCAGUACAAGCCCAUGGAAGGCUUUAACUCCAGCUCAACCGGUUGAGGAUGUAUGCGAACGGGAGGAUACCUUGGUUGCAGGCAACGUGGCAAGUGUUCGAUCAUCGCCUCCCGUCAGUGUUGGCCAAGAUACUGUCACACAAGCAAAUGAGGAUCGAGCGCCAUUACCCGCUCCUGCCUCAGCAACACAAACUGAUGUAGAUGUUAACAUAAACCCUUCACCAGCAAACGACGAGCCUGUUGUACCGACACACCAGACAGAGAAGGAAAUAACUACUACAAUUACUGCUGAUGAUUCCAAGUCCUUAAGUACCAAUUCAAACUCAAAAGAAACUAGCAAAGAAAAUAAUUCAAAAGACUCGACGGAAAAGGUAACUUCAGAAGGUUCAACCAACAAGCCGACGACAUCCUCAAAAGCGAAGGCAUCGCGUGACAAGAAUGCAGGGAGCGUGACAGGUGGUCGGGUGACAUCAAAGUCACACAGCUCUGGCUCCGAGAGUGGAGGAAAUGCCGGUGGGACUUCCCGCAAGCCUGCACCAAACUCACAAGCCGGCUGGGCGGGGAACUAUAUCUUGGAGCCAGACCCAAAGUUCAGAAAUCGCGCUCACGCAUUUGCGGAAGGGUUUUUGGCUAAAGUCAAGAAGCAGCUUAGCGAUGACCCAGUAACAUAUGAAGAAUUCUUACGCACACUUGCACUGUCUUCCGCGGAGCAAUGUUCACCAGUGGAGUUGUACAGGAGGGUUGAAGUGGUUCUUGCUCAGUACCCUGGUCUUGUGGAGGGGUUUGUUGGAUUUUUAGAACCUGACCAGGCGGUAGAAGCAGGCGUGUUUAUGGCAAACCUGGAGUUUGUGAGGGCGAGAACGUUCCUGAGGAAACUGGAGGUGCACUUCCAGCGGAGUCCCUCUCAGUUCAGGAAGAUAAUCAACGCAUUUGAUUCUUGGAAUAAGAAAACAGUAAAAGACCCUUUGCAGUUACAGCAAACCAUUGUUCCGAUGUUAAAAGGACAAAUGCACCUGAUUGAAGAAUUCUACUCGUUCUUUGACGACUUGAAGCCUCCUGUAUGUUCUGACGAUGAUUUCGAGGAAAUUGAGUUCGGAAGUGGGAGCGAACCAGAGGUCGAUGAUUUUGAAGAAGUCGUCAUACCAUGUUUUGUGGAGCCCAAGAAGAUCAAAGGCAGACCCGCCAAGGACACUUUGCAAAAAAACGCUUAUACAAGAAAGGCUAGAAAACCUUGUGCGGCUGUGAAAGGAAGUAAACAACAAGGAACUACAGGCAAACCCCUGGGAAACAGAACAAAAGUCAGCCAGGCAAAAACAAACACUUGUGGGAAGGAUCAGACUAAGGCUGGUGGGAAACAAGACAACAGCCAAGGUAAAGGCCAAGGAGAUAAUGCGACAAAAGACAUGAAGCCUACCCCUGAAGGGUCGACAAACGUAGAAACGACAGGAGAGGAGAGUGGAGUUAAUGAUCAAAGAACUGAGGUCAACUUGUUAGAAGGACCUCUCUCCGUUACAACAUCACUGCAAUCAGAAACCAGCAGCGACAGUUAUCGGGGAGAAGAGUUGAAUCCUACUAAUACGGACACUUUAAACCUGGAACAUGAAGAAGAACGCGAGCGACGACACUCCGAUAGCGAAGAACAAGAGGAUGAUGGGAAUUCUGACAUGGAGCAUGAUGGGUACGAAGAAGAUGACGAUGACGAUUAUAUGGAUGGUGACGACAUCGACGGUGACGUCAUCAAGAGUGACGUAGACGCUGAAGCCAGUGGCUGUGAUAGCGACGCUAACGUUGUUUCCAGUUCAGCUGUUGUGCCAGCUAAAAAUCUUCAACGUAGUCAAGAUGGACAGGUGGUCCUUUUGUGGACGAGGGAAGAUGACCGAGUUAUAUUGCAAGCUUGUCAAAAGAUGGGCGCUAAGCCAGAAACGUUUGAACAUAUAGCCAACGGCUUAAAAAAUAAAACAGCAGACGAGGUAAAAACGCGUUUUAUGGAUCUUCUGAAUCUUUUUAAAGCCAGCAGCGGUGAACGAACGAGAGAAUCAACAAACGAGGAAUCCUGCAGCGAGGAGGAAGACGAGGACGACAGUGAAACUGUUGGUGAAUCAGAAGGAGAGCAGCCUCACGACUAGUACAUUAACAAGUUCUCUCUUCAUUUCAUGGCUUCUGCCCUGCCCUUGGUAACGCAAUCUCGAUGGCCAAAAGGGUCACGCAAUACAGCAGUGACUGGCUUGGCUACAAUGUUGUUUCACCGUCUGGAGUGUUGUCCGUGACACUAUAGUAGGAACCUUAACCGUUCCGAAUCCUUAAAUUGAUCAAAAUAUUUAAAUAUUAAAUUAAUGUAAAAGGAACUAAAUAGGAUACCCGUGAAAACGUUCGGUUGCUGUGUUUUGAAAUGCUGUUUUGGAAGUGAUGGCUUAUACAAAGCUAAUCUAGAAAUUUAAAAAAAGUAUAUAUAUAUUUAUGUUCAUACUAUUUGAACACGACGUGAAUAAGUUUAAAUUGAAACAAGAACACUGGGUGUGCGAAAAAAGUUCAAAAUAAAUCAGCUAGGAAGUCCGUUUCAGUUUUGUAUUUGUACAGAUUUUAAAUUGAAUGAUAGAGUUGAAAAUUGUGACUGCAAAGAGAUAGCAAAAUUAAGAAUUACUUGACUUACAGUGGAAGAAUGGCUCAAAAUAAAUACCGAAUGUUUUACGUA